AUGAAGAUUAUGGAGCAAGCUGCAGAUGUUUACACAAAUAAAAUUUUUGAAGAAUUUCAGGAUGAGUAUGUCAAGUCCCUUAAAGUCAACAUUGAAGAAAUUGAAAAUGAUGGUGAGAGUACCGUUUAUACGGUUCUUGAUAGUGAUGGUAUAAAGGUGAGGAAUGUGAGGCAGGAGUGUGAUGAUUCGGUCACUUGCAAUUGUAGGAAGUUUGAAAUGAAGGGCAUUUUGUGUAGUCAUUGUUUGAAGAUCCUUAGAGAAAGACUCAAAUUCAAAGAGAUUCCUUCACAAUAUAUUCUGAAGAGAUGGACUAAAAAAGCAAGAUCUGAAAAUGUGAAAGAUAGGUGUGGGCAUGAUAUUCAGGUUGAUGUAAGAUUACAUCAAACUUCACGUUAUAGGUCAUUGAUGGCAAUAUUCAGAUCAGUAGCGUGUAGAGCUUCUGAAAGUGAGGAAACAUAUGUUUGGGUUCUGUGUAAACUUCACGAAAUCUUGAAAAUUUCUAUAGUUGCUCAUAUACCAGCUCAUUUACUUGACUGA